AUGCUUCCGAUUUUGGAAUUCAUCGAAGAAAAUGUCGUUGGAGGGGAUACAAGAAUUGUAGGCCCAUAUGGAGAAAAGAAAGGUAGGUGAGACAUUCUAUUUUUCCAGUUUUAUUUGAUAUUGCGUGAUGAAAAUAUCGAAAUCGUUCGAUGUCAUCAUUCUUGAGUCAGUUCAUCAUUUAUUGAGUUCAAAUGUUUUCCAUUUUGUUUGUUAUGAAGGUUCCAACCUCGUUUUAAGAAUUUUAUAUCACACAAUAACUAGGACUUUUUCUUCUUUCGCAUAGAAACCGAAGCGCCUAACAUUUAUCGUAUUUAAAUUCUUACAAAAUGUUAGGAUUCUGUCUACAAUUAUGGCGCGUGGUUAUACAGUCACUGUCAUUUCGAUCGAGUAAAUGAGAUGUGUGUGAAAAGUUAGAAAGUCAUAGUUAUUCAUUUUAUGAUCAGCAAUUGCAACGAUUUACUGGAUUUAGUUUCUACAAGCUUUUCAGUGAACCUGAACUACAUCACGAUAUAGCCAUUUUGGUCGUGAUAGAAUCCAUGUUGUGACACGCAGGCUAAAAAUAAAUUUCAGGCAAUAAUCGUGCAUUUGACAGUUGCUUACCAACAGACUUUCAUCGAUGUGCACUUCUCAUACAAGAAAGACGGAUUGUGGAAAACUGCUUGAACCAAAACAUAAAUUAACUGCUAUUGUGCAAUGGAAUGAAACCUACUUGAAUGGAUUAAGUACCCAUCGCCAGAGUCUUUGAAACUUUAUGACAGUAAAGCCUAUGAACUCUUUGAUUAAACAUUCGAUUAAAAGAAUUUUUAUCAAACUUAAUUAAAUCUCCAGGCUAAGAAGGUUUGUUUCAACAAGUGCGAGUUCUGUCCCAGAUAUAACAUGACACGCAUGAAUUCCGAUAGACCGGCAUCGACACAAAUUUCACAUGAUGUAUCAGGUAAAUUUUUACCGCGGAAGAAAAAAAAACAUAAGCAUCACAUUCUUAAAAUGAGGGAAUCAUUUGUGUCUUUUGUAAUAAAAAAAAGUGUAUUAAUGUAGCGACCUAAAAUACUUUUUUUUUUUCUGAAACAACAAAAAAAAACUGAAUUAGUUUCCUGUUGCCACACCUCUUUGUUUCAGCGUAACUUCCGUUGCCCAGUGUCGCUUUCGCCAAAAUGCUUUGACACCCGACAAACUGCAGCCGUAUGAAGGUUACUUUCUUUCGGAGAAAGUUUUUCACAAUUUCACGACUUAUGAAAUUUGGUUACAUUAAAAUCAAUUUCCGCGUUCGAGAAAGAUCUAAAACUACUGUAUCCUCCCACUCACGUUUUUUCCGUUCAGCGUAGGCGGAUUGCAUUCUUCAUCGGGUUUUAGAUGGUUCAUUUGAUCACAGUUGAUUGGGAUUUCAUUUUUUACAAUACUUGAUAGAAAACAACACUUACUGACUGACUAGUGUUAAAUUCGGCAUCAACCUCACCAAAUUAAAGCAAGCCACGUCAGUAUAUGGAUCUAAACUUGAAUGCAAAAACGGCGUCAUCUUUUACAUAUUAGACCGCAACUGUAACUUCAGCACGUUUAAGCAUUUUAAAAAUUUCAACAAGGAAGUUUAUAUAUUAACUCCUAAAUUUUUCUUAUAAAGCCAAACUAAGUUGUGAUCGUAGUACUCGAGUGCUUGCUUUAUUCUUUAAAUUUUCAGACCUAUAUAUUCAGUAAUGUUUCGAGACAAGUUUCAGAAACUGAAAAUUUAUGUUAAUAUUGUGACAGCUUUUGGUUCUGUAUAAAUUUAGUGUUAAAAAAAUUAGUAAUUUUAAAUAAAAACUAAUUAUCAAACCUUUUUCAUUUUCCAGUUAUUUAUUGUGACUACACAGCAUCUGGCAAGUAAGUAACAAAUAAUUACUGAAAAAAUCAAUAUCGCUAAUUUUGUCAGGAGCCACUAUCAGAAUUAAGUGAUGUGCACGUUCCAUGUAGAUUAAAAAUGUGUUAUUUACUAGGGAGUUAACUACUCCAGUAUUUAAACUAUUUUAGAUUAUCAGAAGGCUUAUAUCCGGAAUUCUUACAGCGGCUAUGGCCAGGGCUGUUAUCAUUUAGUCAAAAUAUUUCUUUGUUUCUUGUUGGUUUAAAAAAAAAACCUGCUAAUGUUGACAAAAAUUGAAAAAAUUGUUCGUAUGAUUCGAGAAUUGUCAAUCAUAGAGAAAUUAUUGGACGAUUGACGUCACACAAAGACAGUGGCGCAUCGGCUCAGCUGUCUUGGCAGUGCAGAGCUCGAAAAAAAGCUGAGGAUUGGAAGAAAAAAUCUGAAAUAAUGCACAUAUGUAAAUAUCACCUGCAGGAUGACAAAUGCUAUUUGAAAAACAUCUGCAAGGUAAAGCAUCCUAAACUACAGAGGUACUAUCAAAGAAUUUCUAUGCAUAAAUUAUUCUGUGAUCAGAGUGGAAAAUUUUUUUUGAAUGAUUAUGGUGAAUGAUUUGGCUUUCACAUGAUAUGACAAAUUCCGCUGAUCUUAAUGGGUAUCAUAUCACCUCCCCAGCUUUUGGCAUCUGCUUGUAUCACUCACCCUCUUCAUUUGGGCGUAGGCGUCCGAGGACCUACUUGUUGUCCAAUUAUAAACGUAAUUGUAUGUUUGUCUCUACAGGCCCCUCCGGUUUAUUGAAAACUACAUCCGGGACUAUGUGCUCCCGUUUUACUCCAACACACACACUACAACAAGUGCAACAUCGCGACAGACUACAAAGUUCAGAAACGAGGCUCGGUAAGUCAAGCCAACUUUCGGCUUAAGUUUGGAAUUUUUUUAUAAGUUCGGGAAGUUCUCAGUUACAGUUACAAUUCUCUUUGAGCGCUUAUCAUUUGAAUGGACUUUUUGGACAGAUGGAAUUGCACUUUUUCAUUGAGCCGUAUCAUUUGAUCCGUUUUGUUGAUUUGCUAACAGAGGGCGAUGAGAAUUAAACAUAGCUGUCACAUCCGAUAGUUACGAUUCAUUGACUCUAAUCCUCCACUGCUUUCCUCUCAGGAAUAGCUUGGCACUGGUUUUUAAUUUUGUGGAAAAUGGUACUGUAGAAAAUUCCGGGAACUGGUAGCCUGAGUAUCAAGCGUUUCUGGGGAAAAGGGGAAAGAUGGAAGCGAAAAAAGGAGAGAGCUGAAGGACAGAAACCUUCCUUUCUCUUCUCCCCCUCCCCCAUCUCAAAUCUCCUCUCCCCUAGCCACUUAGGAAGGCCUGAUACUCAGGCUAGGGAACUGGUCGAGGCGAGGAAAAGGCAAUUACCUCGGAAGGUAUUACCAUUUUUGCCGAGAACAUUUUACAGAAUGAACCGUUUCAUUUGAAUUCCCCUGGCCCAGAAUUACUGGGUUUUCCAUACAAAUGGUUAGCGUUUUCUUUUCAAUGCGUUGUGCACAAAUUUUAAAGCAAAAUUGUUCCGAUGACAUGUACAGGGAUUGCUACAUGAUUUUGUCACUGGGCAUUGCUGCAGCAUGUUCCAAUCAAGGCUGUUUGAUCAUUAAGCAGGCUAGAGCCUGCAUGGUCAUGGUCAUACAGCAAAUCUCUUGAUCUCAAAGAAUUUUCCAUAGUGCAUGUGGAGCAUUCUUAUGGCAGGCCUGUUCCAUCACAGGUAGCCAAAGUUCGAAAUUUGAGCAUCGGCGAGCAUCGCCAUUGUUGCGUAACAUUCGAAAUAUAAGUAUUUGUAUGGGAAAAAACCUAUCGUUUCUGUAACCUACGAAAAUGAAAGGAUUUCAAUAAAAAACAGCAUACCUUACUUAAAAUGUGUGUUGCGUCUGUCCUGUGUAGUCCACGGGCCGAUUUAUGGCCGUGUUAUCGGUUUUUAUGUAAACUGUUUUCUCUCUACCUUGGGUUAUAUAUAGAAAUAAAUCCAUUUACAUAAAAACCCAUAAAACGGCCAUAAAUCGGCCCGUGGACUACACAGGAGAGACGUAACACACAUUUUAAGUAAGGUAAGCUUCAUUUUCGUACGUUACAGAAACGAUAGGUUUUUUUUCUCAUACAAAUCCUACUUAUAUUUCGAAUGUUACGCAACAAUGCCGACGCUCGCCGAUGCUCAUAUUUCGAGUUUGGGUGGCCUGUGGUUCCAUUUGGCGUUCAUUGCUUUGUAAUACUCUAGAAAAUCUGCUUGACAUAAGAUAUGCCGGUUAUUGUAGCGUGGCCCAUAAAGCAGCGAACAGAGAUUUGCAACAAAACUUUGGUGUAUUCUUAUUCCGGAAUACGAUCAAUCGAAAGUACCCUAAGAAUCUACUUAAAAGAAAAAUGUUUAAAUGCAGAGAAGAUCAUAACAGUUAGAAAAUGUUUAUUUGUAAGGACGUAGAAGCCCAAUGAUUGCCUAGAGUAGGUCGAUUGUCCGGGAUGUACGUGUCUACAUCUACCAGUGACUCCAAUGAUCUCCUUUAUCCCUCUGGAUUGUCUGGUCGUGAGAACGCGCUUCAGCCAAAACGCUGAAAGCAACUUGAUCCAUCGGGAGAUUACCCUCCGGCUCCAAGCGAUCUAUCAGAAAUUAGGAAAAAGACCCUCUGUUACCCAGGGUAUCGGGAGAUUUAUUUUGUGUUGCAAUCAAGGCAAAAAAAUCUUAGUUAUUGAAAUUGUCAAAAGCUAUUUAAAUUAUGUAUUUAAUUUUUAUAUUUUUGUUUUUCUUUGCAGCAACAUAAUAAAAAGCUGUGUCAAUGCCACGGGUGAGGACUGCGUUGUUUUCACAGGAAGUGGCACAACAAGUGCUAUUCACAAGUUAAUUCACGCUCUUGAGCUGGAGCAAAGAAGGGACGAGAAAAAUGUGAGGACAAAGCAUGUUAAAUAUUUUUAAGUACCCACUAGCUAGGCCGUCAUGCACUUAAGUGCUUUACUGCUUUACGAGGUAGUGUAUCGAAAUGAUAUGAUUAUGCACCGACUUCUUGUCGACCGAUAUGCCUUUUCAGAGCUCGCCCCGUCGUAAGCAAUCGAUUCCUGUAUUUUCUAGAAUACGCAGCGCUUAUUAAUUCAUUCACGCCUUAAAUGCGGCGCUUAUUUGGGUGCGGCGUAUAUUGGAAGUUGGACGUGACAAAGAAUUGUUUUAACUACGGUAUUGUUAUUUUCGGUAUAUAAAAUAACAGGAUGAACGCCUUUUGAUUUUGUUUAUAUUGCGGCCGCGGAGAUGAUUAACAUUUUUUUGUCCCAAACGCGGGGCUUAAUCGGGUACGGCACUUAUUCGAAUAAAUCAUAUCUGACCCUGCAGAGUGAGAAUAUCUUAAACGCUGCAAACUUACUUACGGCCCCACCCUCUUGCGCUCAUGCAUGAAAUAAGCUGUUGUUGCUACUAUUGUUAAUUUUUUCAGGUUGUUUUUAUCGGGCCAUUUGAGCAUCAUUCAAAUAUUUUACCAUGGAGGGAAACGGGAAUCAAGGUAAGAUCAGUAAAUGUUUCCGCUUGCCGCGCGUGCGGGUGUGUGAGUUUUAAGGGAAAGCGGGGGGUGGCUCUCAGUUUUUCAAACUGUUUUGGGAUGGAGGGAAUUGGAAGAACCCCCCGGCAAAGGUUUGCAUCCUUAAAAACUAACACUUCCAAAUUCCAAUUCCAUCUGUAACGCACGGAUACGUUUCAGCUAGUUCUUAUGAACUCCUAAGUGCUCCGUGGGUAAACAAAUUAUAAUUACAAUUACAAUUGGAAGGUUACAGAAUGAGUUACCAAGUGAACUUGUUUUGACUCUAGGCUUUCUAACAACACUUUUCCCACUUGUUCAAUCAAUCCAUUACCACAAUUGAAAACAUACCAGAUAAACCAGAGUAUCAGUAACCAAAAAUGACUUUGCCUCCUUCUUAUUGGCUGAAAUUUUACGGCUUGAGAGAAGGUCGCCUUCUUGUCUUUUAAGGGAUGGACAAUUAGAAACGUAAUGGAGGAGGUGGGGAACAUCGCGCUCCGUGAACUUUUUUUUCGGUAACAUUUGUCUUGCCUGAAUCUUCUUUAAGCCAGUGUAGUCUAUUUUACUGGGCUACUUGGCCUUGCACGUAAAUCUUUCUUGCAAGAAUAUUUUUUGGGUACUUUGCCUUCCUCCCCUCCCCCACCUCACAACUUUGCCCAUGGUCCGUCCGUAAACAAGAGUUUCAGUCGCCUAUAGAUUCUCAAGUGGUUGGGACAUCAGAAUUCGAAAGCUCUUUCAUUCUGCUGAUCUUUGUUAUUUACAGAUUGAAAGAAUAAACGAUAAUGAGCAAGGAACAGUUGAUAUGGAUAUGCUUGAGGAAAAACUGCAGGUAAAUUCUGACCAACCUUUAUGUAAAGCUUUUUAUUUCUUUUUUUUUUUUUCAAGAGAUAAGACACUUUUAGACUAAUAUACGAUUACAAGAUUGAGUAUACGGGGGCGAGUUUUCAAGUGACUGUUACUGAGUAUUAGAGAGGUGUUCACCUUAUGUAGAGUCAUAGCCUGCUGCAAGCUCCACAAAGCGCCCUAGAGAGCUUGCACGCAGGUUGAAACUGUCAAGGAAAAUGAGUGAAGAAAGACUCCGUUUUCGGGAGGUUUUCUCCGUUCAAAGGCAGAGGAACAGCAAGGGGACAACUCUAAGGUGUCCGUGUUAGGGAGGUGUCCGUCAAAAAGAGGAUUGUGUUAGGGACGGACCAUUAGAAAACCUCUGAGGGGGGUGGUUGGGGAAAGCCUCUGAAUCAGCCUCUGCCAUAUAAUUAAACCCGCCAUUUUUUUCUUGCUUCAGAUGUAUCGCUCGGCAGAUUACAACAUAUACGUAGCUUUUUCAGCAGCCUCCAAUGUCACAGGGAUCCUGACUGAUACAGUAGCUGUAGCUGAACUCUGUCAUAGAUAUGGCGCUUUAUCCUUCUGGGACUACGCCUCUGCUGCUCCAUACCUUAAAAUUGACAUGAAUCCAACACCAAACGGGUAAGUGUAGAAUUGUAGCUUCUUUUUUUUUUUUUUCAAGGCGUAGCCGCGUGAACGCCCUGGAAUACAAUAGACCUUGACUCGGACGCUUUUUAGCAGUUGCAACCAUUAAGCUUCUGCAUUUGACCCAAUUAAGUUUUGGGGACUGAUCUUCAUUGUUAUAGGUGUUUCUAGGGACCCGACUGUAGUACUUUCCUGCGAGUCCUUCAGUUCUCUUAAAAGCCAAAUUUAAUUGUUGAAUAUUUAUGCAGGAGAUUAAUUUCAACCAGAGUGGUUUUUGUAACUAGUCAGGCCCCUAUACACCAUAGACUCCUCGUGUUAUAGAGUAACUUUUCCUAGCCUUCUUAUUGAACUCCUCGAUCGGUAGAAUUUCGGUCAGUUACACACUGAGCCCAUACUUAUCAGAAAAAUCUCUUUCUAUCCGCUUCACAGGUACAAAGAUGCGGUUUUUCUAUCUCCUCACAAAUUUGUCGGCGGACCGGGUACUCCAGGUUAGAUUUUGAUUAGUUUGACUGUGAACUUUUUUUUUGGAAGUAUUUUUGCAUUAUAUAAUUUUAACUGAAUUAUAGUUUCAGUGAUUUCUAUUCCUUUCGCCUCUUUUCUUAGGUUUACUUAUUGCCAAGAAAAGCGUGUUUAGAAACCCGGUUCCGGGCGGUUGUGGAGGCGGAACAGUUUUAUUUGUAAGUUAGGAUGACACAACAAUUUUCCUUUUAUUGUAAUUACAGAGAUCCUUCUUUUGUUAAAUUGGCUGUUCACCUUUGUUAUCAGGUAACACGUGACACGCAUUUGUACCUGAAAGAUAUCGAAGAAAGAGAAGAGGGCGGAACACCAGCCAUAGUGGAGUCAAUACGGGCUGGUAUGGUCUUUCAACUGAAACAGGUGAGGUUGGAGUAAAUAAUGUGCAGUUUGUACGUGCUGGUAUGGACUUCCCACCAAAACAAGUCAGGGGCACCCAACGAUAAUUUUCGGAAAAUUAUGUGUUCGGAAGACGAUUUGAGAUCUAGAAUUUUCGGAUCAUUUUCUGUAAAAUUUCUUGCUUGCCUGCCUCUCCUAGGAUUUUCGAACAUCAAAAAAUGGUAUAAUUGUCACUUUAACAGAUUUUCACCCUAAAAAGUUCACCUGAAUUUUCAGGUUUUUUCUGGCGAAAUUUUCGAAAAGGUUUUUGAUCCCUAUUAUACUUUCACCUGGUUUUUUUGGGAUAAAAAUAAGCCUUUAUCUAUCGUUUAAAUACUAAAUUACGUUCAACAAUGCCAAGGAGUCAAACAGUCACUGAUGCGAGUUGUGGUCUAGGCGGAGUUUCUUUUUUAACUUCACCUGGUUUUGGAUUUUAUCCGUACCAACCUAUAAAGAAAAGUCGUAUUGUGAAAAGAAUCGAAAGCAUACUUUAAAAGCCCCAGUCCUUUGGCAAAAAAAGUAAUUUAACUAGUUGUUUAACAAACGAGACAUUUUCCUUAAUCCUUUUGUAUUCGUUUUCUUUCUUGUUUUCUUUAGUCUGUUGGAACGGAUGUUAUCGAAGAAAGAGAGGAACAACUUUGCAAGUAAGUUAACAUUCUUCACCUCGCAAUAAGCAGUUUAUUGGUUUUAAUUAGUGUAUGUGAAUAAGAUAUGUCGCGGCUUAAAAAGUGAAGUGCUUUUGUGGUUUGACGCAAACUAAUUCCAGCUAAUACGUGGAACUUGCUUAUCUUAAAAUUAUUAGAUCGUAGAUAGUUAGGUGAAAAUUAGGUAUUGCAUUUCCUCUUUUAUUCAACUUCAAACAACGUGGUUAAAUAUUUAAGUCCGUUUGUUGUUUCUCAGGAAAGCUUUUGACGCCUUAAACGACAACCCAAACCUCACCAUAUUAGGAAAUGACAUGGCUCGCCGGCUUCCUAUCUUUUCCAUGAUAUUUUACCAUCAGGACAGCGGUAAACUUGUUCAUCACAACUUUGUGUCCGUGCUUCUGAAUGAUCUCUAUGGUAUCCAGGCUCGAGGUGGUUGCGCAUGUGCUGGACCGUACGCUCAAGUAAGCCUUAACUGAUUUAUUUCAGACACUCGUUUUUUUCUUUUUAUAUGAUUAAUUCCCUACCGUAUGAAACUUGUUUUCUCUUAUUGCCUUUAAUACCUUUACUCAUGUACCCAAUUGUGGGAACAUAAAUUUAUGUUCGACAGUAAUUUUGCGCAGUAUUAUCCGUUCUUUACUGCACAGACUACCAUUUAGAUUACUAACUUUUUAAAAAAAGAGUCCAGGUUUGAAACAAAUCAUAAAGACACAAAACACUACUUUUUUUUAACGUUCACAUUCGAGCUGAGAAUCAAAACAGCCAUUCAUAUGGAACUUAAGGAAGGCUACCGGCCUGCUACCUUUACACACUUAUAACGAAUGUUCUCGAAUGCACCGAGUGGAUUUGGGUAACUGAAAAAAAAAAUCGAUAGUUGUAACGCGAGAUAUAGCCAUUUAGGGACAAUCAAUUUUCUCUCCAUUAGAUUUUUUCUUCCAUAGUUAAUUGUCUAAUUAAAUCUGCUAAUAUUCUAAAUUUAAUAAUAAGCCAAACGUUAUUUAAUUAGUUUCAUGCUCUAUACUUGAAUUCAAACCAUAAAGACAAUUAUUAAAAUGCACCUGUGUUUUAAUUUCAGGAACUGUUAGGCCUUAACGAAACAUUGUUACGAAAGUUCAUGUGGUUUCUCGAAAAGCACGAAAAGUAAGUAAAAAGCAAAGUAAAUUUCCUUGUUGACAUUUGCCUAGAAGAAAAAAAGUUUUAGGGUUGCAUUUCUUUUUAAUAAUUAAAAGGCGUGUUUAAGCAAGACAUUAAACCUUUGACGUGUUUUUCGUUUCAGUGACAGCUUAGGAGGAUUACUGAAGGAACCACUCGAGAUAAUGAAGUGAGUAUAAAGAAAAAGUUGACUGUAUGAGGCGUCAGCAAUGAUAUAUAACCGAGUUUGCAUCUCACUGCAAGUGUGCUAGUUUCCUAUGUCUCAUUCUUUUCUUUCAGACCCGGAUUUGUCAGAGUUGGUCUCCCUUACUUUAUGAAUGACAAAACAGUCGAUUUUGUGCUUAAUGCAGUGAACAUGGUAGCCACUCAUGGCUGGAAAUUAUUACCGCAGGUCAGUAAGAACUUUCACUAAAAUACAGAUCUCAGUUAGUUCAAACGUACUAAGUCACAAAACUCUUUAUUUUCAAGUUUGAUUUAUGAUUAUUUUACGUGUGGUUGAAGAAACAGGGUUUUCCAGAAUCUUCGGUGACUGGCUCGUCGACACACAGAAUUGCGGUUACUCACAGAAAUAAUGGGAUGUGAUAAAAUCCACGGCCGUAUUUCAUUUAGUUUGUUUUACGACACUUUCGUUCGACAAAAUUGGAUAUAUGAUGCAAAUGUCGAUGUGCAGCUUGAUCUUAUCUUUCACCGACUACUUAAUUUUUUUCUCCUUCUACCCUCGACAUUUUCUGGAGAACCCUGAGAAAACUAAAAAUGCCUGGCCUACAAAGUCGUAUAUAUAGGCUUGCGAAUUCUUGUUUAGAAGUUGUGCCUCCUUUGUAUGGGCUUAGUUAAUCCUAUCAUAUUUUGAUUAAAUGAGAUUUUUUUGCUUGAGUUAUAUAUCCACAUCUUGAGAUGUGGACACCCCAGGUCCAUGAAUUGCGUUUGCUUUUUAUAACGAUGAUGAAGUGGUUUGUUAGUGGACCGAUGAAAACUGGCCCGUAACUAUCUAAAAACUUCUUUAACUAUCCAACUUAUCCAACCUCAAUCGUCAUUAUUGUUGUUUUAGUAUCACUUUGAUCCGCACACUGGUGCCUGGGAACACAAACAGUUCAAAAAGGACAAGGGAGAAACACUGUUUAGUUUAUAUGACUUAUCUUACGACGAGGUUGGCGUGAGCAUAAGCAGCAAAAGCAUCUGCAAGGACUACGAGGGGACACUCGAUGUAAGCUAAGUUUUGAAAGAUCGUAGUUAUGUUAUUUUCAAGUUGAAAACAUUUCGUGACAUUUGCGAUUCCUCAGUGUCGUGACCACGCAAACGAAACUCUCAGGCCGUACUUAAUCAUGUGUGGGACACACCAAUCUGUAUUUGGGCCACUGCUUUUUAGACUUGACGGAGAGUGCCAAGGAAGGGAGGGUUGCUAGGUCGUCACUUGCUUUCAUCCGCCAAACUGACAUUUUCCUCUCAGUGGCUCUCACAAGACAUUUCACGUUUCUUACAUGAAAUUUCUCUGUCUCCUUCAGUUUCUGUUCAUAAAAGUUUAAGUCUCUUUAAAUUUAAGGAAAAAAAAAAAUUCAGGGUGGCACGAUUAGGAUUUGAUUUCGGAGCAUCGGCUCUGCAGUGCAUUACUUUAUCCCCUACACCACCGAGGAUUUGCAGACAAGGAAUCGUUUGAUUUGAAUAUAUAUAGCAACAACCCCGACCCUAACCCUAACCCUAACCCUAACCCUAACCUAACCCUAACCCUUACUUUGUGUACGAAUCAUUAAUCUGUCAACGUCAGUUUGGCGGAUGGAAAUAAGUGUUGACCGGGUUGGUAGAUGUGAUUGUCUUGACAAGUGCGCAAGUUCGUGAUGGUCGAGAAAAACUGCUCUACAGUGACGUGCCAGUGACGAGUCCCGUCCGUCUAUUGGGGUAUAUGUGCGAUUCGCGUGGUGAUUGUGAGCACUCAAUUUAAGUUUUGGCGCUACAAUCUUUUAGGAUAUUGCAGAAUCAGCAAGACGAGUUUUCGAGGAUGCUGUAAAUGUAAACAAGGUAAGGGAACUAUUUAAUAUUGUGUUAUUGUAGAGAUGUGCGUUUGGUUAAGUUUCAGGGAUUUCAACUGCUCAGAUGUUAAAUUCACUUCAGUUCGGGCUUCGGCAGAACGGCAAAUUAUUGCAAACUCGCGUCAGGCGUUUGUCAUCGCUCUUUAAUGAACGCUAAAUAUCAGAGAAUCAAUAAGACUAAAGAUAACAACUUUAAACUUAAGUAAUCUUUGACAAAUUUUAAUUUAAAAAAAAUUUAAAAGAUAUCAAGUUUUAUUGACCCUUAUAAGAUCCAUAAUUGAAGCUGAAAAGCACUACAAAUUUACUCUAAGUUUGUGUCUGUUAUGUUUGUUGUUUUUAUCUUAUUUGUUUCUUAUUCCUCCAUUUCUUGUUAUUUUAUUGGUGUAGGAAAUCUCAACAGUGGAAGAUGAAGUAGUGGAAUUCACAGACGACAAAAACCAAUUAGUGUGGUUUCUUCAGCCUUAUGAGGCUCAGUUUUUCCUAGCUGCAGAGACUUUGAAAUACAAACCGAAACCUUUCGGUAAAGCCAAAACUCCCUUUACGCCAAUACAUGGCCACUCGCCGCAAAUGACCCCAGCCAGCUCAAAUCCAAGUCUGCAUUUGUAUACAGUAAAGCCGGACAGCGAUACAAGUCGGUCAGCGGAGUCUUCGGAAUCCGAAGAUCACGUGCACAAUUGCGUCGCUCGUGAGGCCUGGGGUCCAGGAGAAAUAACUGGAAGUUAUUCCGGUGGAAAGAAGAAGAGGAAUUGUUUCUGUAAAUUGAAACGUGUAUUACAAAAAAUUGGCAAAUAGUACUGUAAUUGCUAUCAAAGCGAGAUAGAUCAUUUAGUAUCGAUGUUGCUGCGUGUUAUUAGUCAAAAGGAUAAUUGGGCAAUUAAUCUAUUUAUUAAUUUAUUUAUUAUAAGAGUGGCAUCCACAACGUUAAUGCUUAUUUGAUAAGCUGUAUUUAAAACCGGCUCGCAAGUGUUCGAAGUUGUGUUAUAGGAAAAGAACUCGGUUGAGCUUCACACUUUCAACUGAGUCUCGAUAAGAGACGUCUGCACGCAUUUGUAAGCCAUUGAUUUGACAAUUACUUUGCUACGUUUUCAUCACACGCAUCACUUUGUUGUAGCAAAUUGUGGGUUCAAUGCUUCAUAUUUUGGUUUGGUUACUGUUCAGCGUCUUUCCAGUCUUUUGUUUAACGUCAUUUAGUCAUUACAUCAGCCUCAAUACCAAGAAAGUAAAUAACACUAAACCUGGAAAAGCUUGCAUUUAUAAACUGUUAUUUAUAUAGCGAGGUCGAGCAAACUUUCGCAAGUCUCUAAAUAGGUGGAAAUGAUUAUCUAUUUAUUUCUAAAGAAUGUUUGAAAUUAUUAAUAUGGUCCUGAGAUAAGUUACUGAAAAGUAAUAGAAAACUAAUACCUCACGAUAUAUAAAUAUCUUCCAGAUUUUUUCUAAUUGCUCUUUUUAUAUCAUUUUUUUCUUUCAAAAUUAAAUUAUUUUGAUCAGUCAGUUGGUGAAGAUAAUCAGUAGGGUAAUAAAGUUUAAUACACAUAAUAAAGAAAAAAACGGAUCGAUUUACGUUUCUGGGAAACUACCCACCUACCCCUCGGCCCAACUGAACUUUGACAUGUAAGUCUUACUUAGGGGCAAAAUGUUGGGUUAGGGGAGAGGUAGGUGGGAAGUUUCCUAGAAACCUGAAUUGAUCCGAAAAAACGUUGUUUGUCUUAAAACUGUAUUGAUUCCUCUGCGUAGGGGACGGGACGGUAGACGCAAGAGGGUGGGAUGGGGACUGUUUUAUGGCUACGACUUGGC